UUAUUUUUAUUUUUUAUUUUAUCAGUUAUUUUGAUCAUUAUGGAAUUAUUAGAGACAUAAUGCAAAAUCAUCUGCUCCAAAUACUUGCCCUCUUUGCCAUGGAAACACCCGUCAGUUUGGAUGCGGAAGAUAUCAGGAACGAAAAGGUUAAAGUUUUGCGUUCCAUGAGGCCCUUACGCCUUGAUGAUGUGGUCAUUGGGCAAUACAAGACUCACACAAAAGGAGGUGUCACCUAUCCAGGAUAUACAGACGACAAAACUGUACCUAAAGACAGCUUAACCCCAACUUUUGCUGCAGCUUCACUAUUCAUUGAUAAUGCGAGAUGGGAUGGUGUGCCUUUUCUAAUGAAAGCCGGGAAAGCCUUACAUAAUAGGAGGGCUGAGAUAAGGGUUCAGUUUAGACAUGUUCCUGGUAAUUUAUACAAUCGAAACUUCGGGACUGAUCUUGACCGAGCAACAAAUGAGCUUGUCAUCCGUGUCCAGCCUGAUGAAGCUAUUUAUUUGAAGAUUAAUAACAAAGUCCCUGGCUUGGGAAUGAGAUUGGACCGGAGUAAUCUGAAUCUUCUAUACAAAGCGAGAUACUCCAAGGAGAUCCCUGAUGCAUAUGAGAGACUUCUUUUAGAUGCCAUUGAAGGGGAAAGGAGACUUUUCAUACGAAGUGAUGAAUUGGAGGCUGCUUGGUCUCUCUUUACACCUGUGUUGAAGGAGCUUGAAGAGGAGAAAAUAAUCCCCGAGUACUAUCCUUAUGGAAGUCGAGGUCCAGUUGGGGCUCAUUACCUCGCAGCCAGAUGCAAUGUUAAAUGGGGCGAUCUUGGGGUUGACGAAUGAUGUUGAAGCCAUUGUCUAAAGUUCAAAGCCAAGAAAGUUCUUCAUUCCAGUUUCUUGGAUUUAGGGGCAGAAGGGGUCACGGAGGCAUAACUAGAUUCAACUUUUAUUGUCGAUAAUGGUUAUUAAAAAUGUGGUCGUCUCUUCUUGUUUGGCAAUUUAUUUGUCAGCAUCAUUGUAUUUUCACUAGAGAAUAGACUGGAAGUUACUCAUUUGGCUAACUUAUCUUAGUGGGACUACAUGUUUCUUUAAAGAAGCAUAGUAAGAUAUUAAUUUGAUGGUGAUUAUAAU